UCGUCUCUUCUCUUUCUGAACGCCUUCUUUCUCUCUCUUCCUCCUCACUUUCUCACUCUACUUUGCUUUCUCCGAUGGCGCACGAUAGCGAUCUCCCUUGUGACGGCGAUGGUGUCUGUAUGGCCUGUAAAGUGAAGCCAUCGGAGAACGAAUCGCUCAUCUGUAAGACUUGUGCUACUCCAUGGCACGUCAGCUGUCUCUCUACUCCUCCCGAUUCCAUGGGAGACGCCGUCAACUGGGAGUGCCCUGACUGCUCUAUGCCUCCCGCCGCUGUUGUUGUGCCUGUUAAACAGAAUGCUGUUGCUACUUCAUCUUCUGAAGGAAGAGGAGAUUUGAUUGCGGCUAUUCGGGUCAUUGAAUCUGAUUCGACUCUUACCGAGCAGGAAAAGGCUCAGAAACGACAAGACCUUAUGAGCGGAAGUUCCAAAGACGAAGACGUGGCUGUUGAAGGGGCUAAUCAGGACAAGGAUGUGCUGAAUAUUCUCGAUGGAAGUUUGAACUGCUCUAUGUGCAUGCAACUGCCUGAGAGACCUGUUACGACACCUUGUGGUCAUAAUUUUUGCCUGAAGUGCUUUCAAAAGUGGGUUGGGCAGCGAAAGAGUACCUGUGCUAAUUGUCGUACUCCUAUUCCAGCUAAAAUGGCAAGCCAGCCUCGAAUUAACUCCGCUCUGGUCAUUGCCAUUAGAAUGGCAAGAAUGAUGCGGUCUGGUGCCUCUAGCGGGUCAUCAAAAGUUUCACAUUUCGUUCACAACCAAAACAGACCUGACAAAGCUUUCACCACUGAGCGUGCAAAAAAGACUGGAAAGGCUAAUGCUUGCAGUGGGAAGAUUUUUGUUACAAUCCCUGGUGACCAUUUUGGACCAAUUACAGCGGAAAAUGAUCCAGAGCGCAACGUGGGUGUUAUGGUUGGUGAGACUUGGGAGGAUCGUUUUGAGUGUCGGCAAUGGGGGGCUCAUUUCCCUCAUGUGGCUGGUAUUGCAGGACAGUCAGAUUAUGGGGCCCAGUCUGUUGCACUUUCUGGUGGUUACGAAGAUGAUGAAGAUCACGGUGAAUGGUUUCUCUAUACUGGAAGUGGUGGAAGAGACUUGAGCGGUAAUAAGCGAACAAACAAGCUACAAUCGUUUGACCAGAAAUUUGAAAAGCUUAAUGAAGCUUUACGUGUCAGCUGCCUCAAGGGUUAUCCUGUCCGAGUUGUGAGGUCCCACAAGGAGAAACGCUCUUCGUAUGCACCAGACAAAGGAGUACGAUACGACGGGGUCUACAGGAUUGAAAAGUGUUGGCGGAAACCGGGAAAACAAGGAUUCAAAGUUUGUCGAUACCUUUUUGUGCGCUGUGAUAAUGAUCCUGCACCAUGGACCAGUGAUGAACAAGGUGACCGUCCUAGGGCCUUACCUUCCAUCAAAGAACUAAAAGGCGCCACAGAUAUGACUGAGAGAAAAGGAUCUCCAGCCUGGGAUUAUGAUGAGGAAAAGAGUUGCUGGAUGUGGAAAAAGGCUCCUCCUCCUAGUAGGAAACCAGUUCAAUGUGAAAAUGAAGAUGGAACAAAAGUGAGACCAGUCAGACCAAAGAGACUUACAAUGUCUGUAAAGCAGAGGCUCUUGAAAGAGUUUACAUGUCAUCUUUGUCAGGAAGUGAUGAAUAACCCGCUUACUACUCCAUGCGCGCAUAACUUCUGCAAGGCAUGUUUGGAUGGUGCCUUUGCAGGUCAAUCCUUUACAAGACAGAGGACGUGUGAAGGCAGACGUACAUUACGAGCGCAGAAAAAUAUAAUGAAAUGCCCAUCAUGCCCAACUGAUAUAUCUGAUUUCCUCCAGAAUCCCCAGAUUAAUAGAGAGUUGAUGAAUGUAAUCGAAUCUCUGAAGCGCCAAAUUGAGGAAGAAAAUGCAGCAUUGAGUGCUGAUGUAGAUGAUGGCAGCUUAGAUGGAAAUGAGAUUCUAGCUGAAACAGAUAAAAGCAUGGAGGAUGAUGAAGAAGGUGCACAGCCUGUCAAUGAGACUGAAGCCAAGCAGACUAACAAGAGGAAGAGAUCUGGCAGCAUUGACAAUGCAUCAUCACCCAAGAAAUCCAUUGACAAAUCUGAUGCUGUGCAUAAUCUUGAGGAAGUUGAUCCUGCCCAUACCUGAAGAAGCAAAAUGGUGGCAACUGUUGGCUCUCAUGUUUAUUGUUGGAUAGUUUUAGGUUAAUUUUAGUUUUGGACUUGUAUGAACUUGGUACAUUAGUCAAAAUUCCAAUUGCAUAGAAUUUUGCUUUUAUGUCAACCAAUUGGUUUUCUAUCGUAAUCUUUUUGGAUAGUAGAUUAAAAUUAUGAAUUGCAACCAUUAAUGAUGGAUAUUUAUUUUCUUUAACA